AUAAAAUAAAUUUAUUCUCAGAUAAAAUUGUUAUGUGUUUGUGUACCGCUUCGCACUCUUAUUGGAAUAAAUAUAUUAAAUUUAUAACAUUCUAUGGACGCAGAAUUCAGAGUAGACAAAGCGAGACAAAAAAGGUAUAAGCCAAUCGCAGUACAUGUCUAAUAAUACACGAGUUCUUUUUAAUUUAUAAUGCGGCACGCUUCUCUGCUUGAGAUGAGAACAUCUUGUGUGUGAAGAAGGUUGGGGGAGGAGGGUAAAACUAAGGCGGGUACCACACCCCGCGUAGAACAGACGGUGCUGUCGACCAGCUACUACAAAAGAAAUGACAUCCAUGAAGUGUGAAAAGAACGCGAGAUGCGAAUAUUCCAAUAGUUUGUCUAUCAGACAGCACGAAAAUAAGCUACUAAACUCUAUAUCAGCUUUGGUUCCAAUUUCUAAUAUUUUAGGUAUAUUAUUGCUUUUAAGAGAUUGUGUCCAUUGACACUUAUUAUCAUUGAGUUAAGAAGAAUAACACAUAUCAAUGUCAAUUUAACCAAAAGUAAAUUUUCAAAAAAAUGUAUCAGGUCUGUCUAAGUAAUAUGCUUUUAUGGAUAGAAUAAACAGGUAUGUUCAAUUAUCUUUAGAAAAACUACGAAAAGUCUGUUGAAAAGUAUGUUUACGAAAACUCAUUUAGUAAGAAUUUUAGGUUUAAGAAGUAAAUAAGAACCGAUAUGUACAUACUGUCUGAAUCUAUAAUUCCGGCAGAUAAUCGAAAAUUUAUUUAUUUUGUACCAUAUACCUAUUGGACAUUACUUGUUCCUAAAGGUCAAUUCUUUUAAACGAGUUAUAAUUUCUUGGCCAAAUAUAAGAACCGGUUAUUAAGUCGAUAUAAAAUCAGCUUAAAUAACUAUGUUUCGGUUCUUUUUACAUUUUUAACAAUUCAUUAGCGAAACGAAUAUUAAUUCCUCUCUUGCGCAACAUUACGUUUUAAUGACAGUCGAAAUAAAACGAAUAAAACACAGACAUACACAACAACAUUUUUACUCUAUAUAUGUGUCAUUUUAUAUAUGUGUUAGGACUAAGAGGAUAUUUUAAAAUAGAGAGAUUCCACAGCAUACCUAUAUAAGAUCGAACCCAUGUUCAUCUUUUUUAUACUUGCUGGACAUCCAUUACAACAACUAUCGUUAGUGUGUGGUUUUAAAAGGUGCAAAAGGAUUAGUUCAUUUUACAAGAAAAUUCUUUCGUGUACAAGAUGUUUGUUGGACUUUUUGCUCUUUUCUUUGUGAUACCAUACAUAUCAGCAACGAAAUUACCGUCCUACAUUCGUCCGUGUGGGCGUAAAGAGCCGAACUACGAACAAUGCAUUCUGGAAAAUGUUAAAAACAUAAAGGAUAAGAUCUGCACUGGGAUACCGGAAUUAAAUGUUUCCCCGAUAGAACCAUUACUUAUAGAGAAACUUGUUAUUUACGACACUCCCAAUAUUAAGAUGUUUCUUGAAGAUGGAAAAAUUCGUGGAUUUUGUGAUUUUGUUAUAAAUUCUGUUCACGCAGAUCCUGACAAGCUUCAUUUUGAGUUUAAUAUCUUAAUCAAACAUUUUGAGAUGGAGGCGACAUAUGACUGUGACAUACGAUUACUGACGCAUCUUGCCCACAAGGGUACAGUUAAUAUCACUUCAGAUAACACAGAAGUGAAGCAAAGCAUGGACUUCAAGGAAAUAAUCAGGAAUGGGAAAAAACGGAUUUAUGCGUCGAAAAUGAGCUUCAAUUUGAACCUCGAGACAGUUGAUUAUAAAUUUGACGAGAGUCAAAAGGAACUCGCACAAUUCUAUCAAAUAGUUAAAGAUGUCGUAAACCAAGAUAAAGAAAAUAUUAUAAAGAAAUUGAAGCCGACAGUAGAAGAGAUAUUUGCCAAAGAAAUAAUCGCAGUUAUGAAUGAGAUGCUUCGUAAUCAUUUUGAAGCUUUAUUUCCCGAUAGAACAAAGAUCAUUGUAGAACACUGAUGCCCAUUCUUGAAGCAUUACCACGUAUCUCUCACGAUAAAAUAAAAACUAAUUUAAUUAAUUUAAA